AUAAGCCCUGCCAAACCUGAACUCUCAGGUGCUUCACAUGUAGUUGUCUCUCUCGUGAAAAACUAUCCAAACUAUCUGAUUAUAAACCUAGAUAAGCUCGACUACUGUGCAAGCUUGAAGAAUCUUGAAACUGUCUCUGAGAAGGAAAACUACAAGUUUAUCCAGGGAGAUAUUUGUGAACCUGAUUUCAUAAAACAGCUCUUCGAAACUGAGAAAAUAGAUAUAGUCCUUCAUUUUGCAGCCCAAACACAUGUAGAUCUUUCAUUUUGGCAUGCCCUGGAAUUCACCUAUGUGAAUGUUUAUGGCACUAAUGUGCUGGUUGCUGCUGCGCAUGAAGCCAAUGUGGAGAAGUUUGUCUAUGUUAGCACAGAUGAAGUAUAUGGAGGUAGCACUGAUGAGGAAUUUGAUGAAUCCUCACCAAAACGUCCAACGAAUCCCUAUGCCUCCUCUAAAGCAGCUGCAGAGUGUUUUGUUCAGUCCUACUGGGAAAGGUACCAAUUCCCAGUUGUUAUCACACGGAGCAGUAAUGUUUAUGGACCACACCAGUAUCCAGAAAAAGUUAUUCCAAAGUUUAUAUCUUUGUUGCAGCAGAACAGAAAAUGCUGUAUUCAUGGUUCUGGACUUCAAAGAAGGAAUUUUCUUUAUGCGACUGAUGUGGUAGAAGCAUUCCUUACUGUCCUGAAGGAGGGGAAGCCAGGUGAAAUUUAUAACAUUGGAACUAACUUUGAGAUGUCCAUUGCCCAGCUUGCUAAGGAGUUAAUCCAUUUAAUAAAGAAGACCAGUUCGGAAUCUGAAAUGGAGCACUGGAUGGAUUAUGUCAAAGACAGACCUACCAAUGACCUGAGGUACCCAAUGAAUUCAGAAAAAAUGCACAACUUAGGAUGGAGACCUAAAGUGCCUUGGAAAGAAGGAAUAAAGAAAACAAUUGAAUGGUACAAAGAAAACUUUCACAACUGGAAAAACUCAGAGAAAGCUUUGGAGCCCUUUCCUGUGACAGAGCCGUUUGCACAGCCCAGUGGUCCAUAGGGUGGCGGACAACCCGAAGGAAUUUAUUCUACCUCAUACCGUCUUUUCUUCGAAGCCUGCAGUCAAGUGGCCGCACUGAAGUCUUCAUGUAUUCAAGAUACAUGAACCAUGACGAAUACAGAAGUACAGUACGGCGCAACUUUGGAAGGGUUUCAGCACUUUAUGAGUUGAACCUGUUAAUUUCAGCUUUUGGUGCAAUACUAUCUUCUCACUAGGUAUUGAUUUUAAAGAACUGUACAGGGUGAAGAAUAUUUAUCGUGCUAUAAAUUAGUGUAAUGGAUGUCAAAUCUGCCUUAUUAAUUUAGAAUAAUUAAUUGCGAUUACAGCUUUUGGGACUUUCAAUGAAACUUGUUUUAGUUCCAGAAUCGUUCAUCUGUAUUGGUCUGUUUUUAAAGUGACAAAAAUAAUAUAUUACACUGUAAAGAGUUGUGUUUUAUUUUUAAUCAAGGGGGAAAAUGCUGUAUUUUCUGGAGAGUAUAAAUCAGUUGAUAAAAGCUAGAUACGGCACUCGUAUGGUUCAGUCCUUGUCUCAGUUGGUGCAGUAUUACCUUCUGUAGAUGACUGAUUAAACUGUUACCUACUCUAUAACUUUAAAUGCCCCUUUUUUGAAGGGGGUGGGGGGGAAGGUGUCAAGAAGUAGCAGGUGUUCUUGCUGA